GUUCAUGUGCAGAAAUAAAAUGCUGAGCUUGUAGUUUUUGGGCCAAGCCUUCUUCGAUCAUGGUUUGGGCAAGCCUUCUUCGAUGAUGGAUAGGUCCAAGGCCUGCGUCGAUCUAUCAUGGAUUGAAUGAAAAACAAGUGUCUUCUGAACAGCACUCGUGUUUGAAUUCUGGAGUUUCACAACUCUCUCCGUCUCUAGUUUCCGGAGUAGGGGACUCUGCCACUCCUCGUCCUCGUAAAUAAGUAGUUUCAAAAAUAUUAUCUAUAUUUGACGAUAUGCAUUUGCAUACAACCGCGACACGACACCAGAUACACCUUGUUAUACUGUCGGAUACGGAUACUUUUCUCUUGCUUUGAUCUAGAACACGAUCACCCUUUUACUUUUAGUUUCAAAAAUUUCCAUCGCCAACAUCGGUUGUAGAGAACCCGAGACUUCUAAACACGUUACUUCUACUACAAACAGACACCCACACCUAGUUAGUUCUCGUUGUAGACGCGACACUAGUCAAUCACAUAGCCAAUAAAAAUGAAGUUGUUGAGCGGAAAGUCUUUUGUUGCUGCGGUGGCGGCUGUUGCUGGCACCUUUUGGCUGGUUGAGGCGAAGAAGCCAGGCAAGACGGAAGGUGAAGCUUUCAUGAAAGAAAUUGUGAAAGAAGACGGCGUCACUGUGCUCCCGUCCGGGUUGGCUUAUAAGGUACUUAUGAUUAUUAAGUGCUGGUGCUCUGUGACGCAACAAUUGGUGCUGUAGGUGAUAAUGAAGCAGCUUCCCAUAUUAGAAUGAUAUACAACUGUGCCACAAGAAAAAGUUUUCGAAGUGCAAGAAUCACAGGAGUACGUAUGAAAAUUUGUCUACAGACAGAGAAGAUUCGGCGUGAAGAUUCGGCAACGGCGCCCUAUCCUAUCCUAGCCUAUUGUCCUACAGAGAAUACACUACUUUUUCGUCAAACGCGAACACUUCACUAGGUACUCCGCCAGGGUGAGGGCAAAUUUCAUCCGACCAAAGAUUCUCCAUGUGAUUGCCACUACAGAGGAACCCUCGUUGACCGAAAGACCGAGUUUGACAGCAGCUACAAGCGUGGGCAGCCAACAACGUUCGCGCCGAACCAGGUAGUCUUGAUUCAUCUAUUUCUCCAGAGGGAAAGAACGAGAUUAGUAGUUUUACGAACUACGCUUUUGAGUUUUUUUGGUUGAAACUACGAAGCAUUUUCUCAUGAUGAGAACAUUUUCCUGGAGAGCGAGGGAGAGACUCACUGACUACUUAUUUUAUGCCAGGUAAUUGCUGGUUGGACUGAGGCUAUGCAAUUGAUGGUCGAAGGCGACAAGUGGGAAAUGUACAUCCCUCCGAACCUCGCCUACGGCUCCCGCUCUAUGGGAAACGACUUGCCGGCUCAUAGCACCCUCAUUUUUGAGAUGGAAAUUAUCAAGAUCAAGGGAGAUAAGGUGCCAAGCAAGGAAGAGUUGUAAGAAAUCAUGCGGGUUUGAGUUGGUAUAAUUGAUGUGCCCACGACCUUUUUUUUGGUGGGCACUUAAAAUGCGAUGGUCGCAUGUGAGACGUGAUCGGAGCUGGUCAUAUGUAGCAUACAGAGAGUAAACGCAUAACUACAUCUAUACACGAAGGAGAAUGUAGAGGAGAUACCGGAAAACUCUUUGAUGAUCACCAAGCAAGCUCAAGCAUGGACAUGUGUAAUAAAGUUGUAAAUCAAAAUCUUAUCAACACGAAGCACGAGUAGUUCCUAGAAAUGAUAGUAAGUUCACUCGUCAUCGUCUGUUUAUCCUCCCCACAGAGGAGCAGGCAAAUCAAUUACACUUGAUGGUAUUCAUCAAACCCAUGCGCAUGUCCAUGUGAAUUCACGCGAGCGUGAUAGUGCGACAUUGACACACCUCGCCGAAUAAGAAGAGGAGGCUCUGAAAGGGA